GCUCAUUUUCACUUCAAAUGCAUCUUUCACAUUAAAACAGUUUUUCCACAAUAACAUAAGAGAAAAAAAUGACACACAAAGUUGUUUUGUCUCUCCUCCCUUUUCUCCUACUCUUGUUGAUUAAUGGAGAAGGAAGCUUUGCUAGAUAUAUAAAACUUCCACAAGAGAAUGUAGAAGAAAAACAAGUUGAUCAGUCUUAUCUUGAUGGUUGGCUCAAAAAUCCAUUGAAGAACCAAAAACUCAUUUCUAACUCCAACCAAGUUUAUCUUGAUGGAUGGUUGAAAGAUACUCGAUCUGAGAGUGCAAAAUCCACCCCUGACGCCAAUCAAGUUUACCUUGAUGGGUGGUUGAAAAAUACCAGAGCUGAGAAAGAAAAAUCUAACCCUGACUCCAACCAAGUUUACCUUGAUGGAUGGUUGAAAGAUACCCGAGCUGAGAAAGCUAAAUCUACAGUUGAAUCCAACCAAGUUUAUCUUGAUGGAUGGUUGAAAGAUAACAGAGCUGAAAAAGUAAAGUCUGUACCUACAUCCAACCAAGUUUACCUUGAUGGAUGGUUGAAAGAUACUCGAGGGGAGAAAGAAAAAUCCACCUCUGACUCUAACCAAGUUUACCUUGAUGGAUGGUUAAAAGAUACUCGAGUAGAGAAAGCAAAAUCCACCUCUGACACCAACCAAGUUUACCUUGAUGGAUGGUUGAAAGAUACCCGAGCUAAGAAAGCUGAAUCCAACCAAGUUUAUCUUGAUGGAUGGUUGAAAGAUAUCAGAGCUGAGAAAGAAAAGUCUGCCCAUAACUCAUACCAAGUUUACCUUGAUGGAUGGUUGAAAGAUUCCCGAGCAAAGAAAGAAAAAUCUACCUCUGACUCUAACCAAGUCUUCCUUGAUGGUUGGUUGAAAGAUACUCGAGCAGAGAAACCAAAAUCCACAUUUGUCUCCAACCAAGUUUAUCUUGAUGGAUGGUUGAAAGAUACUAGAGCUGAGAAAGCUAAGUCCACCCCUAACUCAAACCAAGUUUACCUUGAUGGAUGGUUGAAAGAUACCCGAGCAGAGAAAGAAAAAUCAGCCACUGACUCUAACCAAGUUUACCUUGAUGGAUGGUUGAAAGAUACCCGAGCUGAGAAAGCUAAAUCUACAGUUGAAUCCAACCAAGUUUAUCUUGAUGGAUGGUUGAAAGAUAACAGAGCUGAAAAAGUAAAGUCUGUACCUACAUCCAACCAAGUUUACCUUGAUGGAUGGUUGAAAGAUACUCGAGGGGAGAAAGAAAAAUCCACCUCUGACUCUAACCAAGUUUACCUUGAUGGAUGGUUAAAAGAUACUCGAGUAGAGAAAGCAAAAUCCACCUCUGACACCAACCAAGUUUACCUUGAUGGAUGGUUGAAAGAUACCCGAGCUAAGAAAGCUGAAUCCAACCAAGUUUAUCUUGAUGGAUGGUUGAAAGAUAUCAGAGCUGAGAAAGAAAAGUCUGCCCAUAACUCAUACCAAGUUUACCUUGAUGGAUGGUUGAAAGAUUCCCGAGCAAAGAAAGAAAAAUCUACCUCUGACUCUAACCAAGUCUUCCUUGAUGGUUGGUUGAAAGAUACUCGAGCAGAGAAACCAAAAUCCACAUUUGUCUCCAACCAAGUUUAUCUUGAUGGAUGGUUGAAAGAUACUAGAGCUGAGAAAGCUAAGUCCACCCCUAACUCAAACCAAGUUUACCUUGAUGGAUGGUUGAAAGAUACCCGAGCAGAGAAAGAAAAAUCAGCCACUGACUCUAACCAAGUUUACCUUGAUGGAUGGUUGAAAGAUACCCGAGCUGAGAAAGAAAGAUCUACCGCUGACUCGAACCAAGUUUACCUUGAUGGAUGGUUGAAAGAUACUCGAGUACAGAAUGCAAAAUCUACCGCUGACUCCAACCAAGUUUAUCUUGAUGGAUGGCUAAAGGAUAUCAAAGCAGAGAAAGCAAAAUCCAUGCCAAACUCCAACCAGGUUUACCUUGAUGGGUGGUUGAAAGAUGUAACACCCUUCUAAAUCCCGUAGAAAUUAAUAAAAUA